UUCCCUUUCCACUAUAAAGAGUCAGAUUUUCUUUUCAGGGUUCGCAACUUCACUAUCUUCCUUGCCACAACCCCCUGUCCAUAGGAUAUGACGGAAAAGACAUGUGAUAGAAGUCGCGCUAUUCAGCCUCAAACUGAGGUUGACUUGACAGACGAUCAGAUUCAGCAAUUACUUGUUGAAGCUGAGAGCCGACUGCGAGCUCCUUUAGAGCCAUCUAUCGACAAGCAAUCAAACCAAUCAUUGCUAAAUAUCCCAAAUUUGUCGUCGGGGCAUCAGCUACUACCAUACGUUCGUCAGCAAGAUGGUCUUGCUACUGUGGAUUCUGCGCGUGUCAUCCAUCCUUCACAAAAGGAUACGCCUAAUGCAAUCUGCUCUUUAGGAGCCAAGAAUUUAAAGGAUUCAAUUUCGAAUAAAGAUAAACCCACAGCAGGAAAAGACUGGUUCAACCUCCCCCAAACAGAAUUGACAACAGAAUUUAAAAGGGACCUACAGCUCCUUCGGAUGCGGUCUGUCCUUGACCCUAAGAGACAUUACAAAAAGGAGAAUGGAAAGGCACAACCUCCAGAGUUUUCACAUGUGGGUACUGUUAUCGAGGGCCCAACAGAAUUUUUCAGUUCCCGCAUUGCAAAGAAAGAUCGCAAGAAGACCUUUGUGGAGGAGACUCUGGUCUUGGAGCAAGAAACACGACGUUUCGAGUCUAAAUACUUUGACAUUCAAACCGCAAAGCAAAGCGGAAAGAAGUCAUUUUACAAUAAUCUACGUGCAAAGAGAAGCCGCAGAGGAAAGUAAACUAAGAUUACCUUUUUUUUUUUUCUCUCUUUGAAGGAGGCCGGAUCUGAAAUAUUGGCAAGCGGGUCUUCAUUGGAAGGUUGCUAUCAAUCCUACCACAAUGGUGGUCUGGAUUGCAAAGACUAAGUGACUGUUUGCACUUCACCAUCCUAGGUUUACCGUCUCAACACGGCCGACCGAGGACUUGGCACCGCUCCUUCCGUGGCAGCCGCCCGCAAGUGAAAACGACAUACUCUAAUCAUGUCUAAAAAUAUCUGCAAGGGCCUGUCCAACAAGCCUCU